GUAGAGACAUCCUUCAUAUUCUUCGUUUAUGAUCCAGUGAGCGCUCUAUCCUUCAAGGCGUCGAUUCCGCCUGGUAGCCCUUGGCGGAAGGCAAAGGCCCCGCGGCCCCGACGAUCAUUCCGCCUCCCGCAUCCCGCAUCGAGCCAGCCUCGUGCUAGCGACAAUGGAGCAACAAGUCCUCCACCUCCUCCAAGCGACGACCAGACCAGAUACAGCCGUCAUUAGAGAUGCCGAGCGAGGUCUUCUUCAACUGUAUCCCCAGGCAGACUUCCCUUUCGCGCUCCUGACCAUUGCUUCACACAACGACAUCGAGUCCAGCUCUCGCAAGGCUGCAUUGACCGCUCUGAAGAAUUACGUCUUAGCCACUUGGUCACCACAGUUCGACGAGACAUUCACGGGAAAUGUGUACCUCAAUGACGAAGCCAAGUCCGGCGUCCGUGACCAAGUCUUCACUAUCUGCACGCUUGCGGGCGAACAAGCACCCAAAGACGCAAGCAUCCAAGCCCUAGCAGCUAGCGUCGCUAGCAAAAUUGCCAGUGUCGACUUCCCUGACGCAUGGCCCUCGCUUCUCCCCUCACUAUUCACAAUUUUGAAUACUUCAACAGAUGAUGCCCCGAUCCACGGUGCGCUCCGCGUCCUCUCAGUACUGGUCGAUGAGGGCUUGACGGAAGAACAGUUCUUCAUGGUCGCCCGAGAUCUCGUCAAUGCCUUACAGCACGUUGCGGUUGACAACUCUCGGAGUCUGAUAGUGAGAGCCAUGGAUCUGAAUGUCUUUAGAGCUUGCUUUGAGAUGCUUGAGAUGGUGAUGGCCGAUCACGGAGCGGCGGUGAAAGCUUUCCUGAACGAGUCACUGAAGGCCUGGAUGCCGUUCUUUAUGGAGACACUGAAGCAACCACUGCCCCCUUCCGUGGGGCCCGAAGAUGCAUCAUUUCGGGGCCUUGUGGCACUCAAAGUUCAGGUGGUCAAGACACUCGACAAACUUCGAAAAGUCUAUGCGCAGGCUCUCUCCCCAGAUGUGAUGGCUCUGUUUCAGAUCGUUUGGGAGGAGUUGGCAAGACUUGCGACGAUGUAUGCUCGACUCUACAUUGACGGCAGUGCCGAAGGCAAACUCGUCGACAGCGACAAUCUACCUUGCAGUCUAGACGCACUUGUUCUUGAAGAGCUUGACUUCUUGCAAGUCACCAUUAGAGCCCCUACAGUACGCAAAGAGCUCACGGCGCAAAUGCAGCAACUCGGUGAUGCACAGCAUACUGUCCCCUGGCUGCAAGAAUUGGUCGGCGUACUGGUCAUGUAUGCCAGAAUCCCAAAGGAGGAAGAAGCGCUAUGGGAAUUUGACAGCAACUUGUAUCUCUGCGAAGCAACGUCACUCACAGCGAACUACACACCCCGAGCAGCCUGUGCGGACCUAGCCGUGCGGAGCCUGGGCGAAUGGUUGAAACAGAUUCCAAUCCUGGCAUUACUCCAUUUCAAGCAGCACAACCUCUCCAGCCAGACAUCGGGAUGGAAAGAACGCGAAGCACUUAUCUAUCUACUCAACCAAUGCCUCAAAGACGUCGAAGAAGUCUCUGGGAAGCUCAGUCCUCAAACAUCUUCCGCAGUCGUCGAGGGACUCGCGGAUACGCUCCAAAAUCCAAACCCCUUCAUGCGUGCGGCGGGCCAAAUGGCCGCAGGGUGUUUCUUCAAGGUUGCUAGCGGCGAGGAAUUCCUCGCUGCCGGGGCGGUGGCGUUUACCAAUGCUGUAACUGCGUCGUCUAUGGACGAAUCCGACGUGGUCAAAGUUGCGUGCCUGAGCAUUCUGCAUGACUACAUCGACGCACUUCCACCGACCGUGACGCGACCAAUGCAAAGUGCAGUUGUCAACGUGGUGGGUGAAUUCAUCUCCUCGCACGACCUCCGGGACGAACUAGAGGACGCCGACGACGUCAAAGCGGCGUUGAUUCAACUCCUGCGUGACGCCAUCAUGCUGGACACAUCCACGAUAACCUCCGAGGGCAAUAAUGCCAUCGACUUAUUCUUCACGCUGGCAUCGGACGGGGCGUCGAAUUUCCAACUCUUCACUCUCCUCACCGAGGCUUUCGAGGGAAUCGUCUCGUCGGUGUCUUCAUCCGGGCAAGAACCGUAUGUGCGGCUGUGCGCCAAGACCAUCCCGUCACUGACGGGGGCAUUUGAUAUUGCCAAUAUGACCCAGGAAUCUGCAUUGACGAAUCUCGCCGCCGAGCUCGUCUCUGCACUUGCCGAAUUCGGGUCCGACCCUCUCCCUUCCGGCUUCGUGCAAGCUGUAAUGCCAAAGCUACAACGGGUGCUGAUGGAGGCCGUUGAACCUGAACUUGUCCGUCCGGCCACGUUGGCGCUCAAUCACAUGCUGUCGAAGGGCACACAACAGUUUCUGGCCUGGACCGACUCUCAGGGAAAGUCUUCAAUCGAAGUGACGUUGACAAUCAUAAACCGUCUCCUCAACUCCCCGGAUGUGGACGAGAAUGCGGGCCAGGAAGUCGGCGGGCUCGCGUCAGCGUUGGUCACGAAAUUCGGAGCUGACAAACUCGGACCAUACCUGAUGGAUUUGCUGCGUGCGGUAGCUAUCCGCCUUGCAACUGCGGAGAGGAUACAGUUCAUUCAAAGCCUGUGUAUGGUUUUCGUGGGUCUCUCCCUUGCGGCUCCGAAGGAAGUUCUGGAUUUCCUCAGCGAGGUAAACAUCAACGGCACCAAUGGACUAGAUGUGGUCCUGACAAAGUGGCUCGAGAAUUCUGUGCAUUUCGCCGGGUUUGACGAGGUGAGACAGAACGUGGUGGCGUUGUCGAAGAUAUUCGCAUUACACGAUCCCCGAGUCCACGCCGUGAGCGUCAAAGGGGAUCUGAUCGUGGACAUUCUGCCAGGAGGACGCAUCAAGACGAGAUCACAGGCCAAGUUAAACCCAGACCGAUGGACUCAAGUCCCGGCAGACCUAAAGAUCUUAAAAAUCAUGGUCGACGAGCUCGCCAGUGCAGCCACCUCGCGGUUUCCGGACCUGGCCGCGGCUCAAGCGGCCGCGGACGCCCUGGACGAAGAAGACGAAGACGCCGAAGACGCAGACGAGUGGGAGGAUGUUGGCUCGGCCGGCGCCAUUGACCUUGCCAGUGCAAGCGCCAGAAACGAGCUGAUGGCGCUUGCGGGGAUUGCUGGUGGAGAUGGCGCGGAUGACGGAGGCCUGAGUCCCACGGGUUCGAGGGCCAGAGAUGAGGAGACAGCCGAGUACCUCUUGCACUGGUUCAAGAACGAGGCUGAGCGGGACGGCUUCGCCGCCUUGUUUGAACAGUUGGGCGAAGAAGAAAAGGGGAAGUUGAGGGAGCUGGUUGCUUGAGGUUCCUUUUGCCUUUGAGGGAUGCUCCUUGGAAAACACAUCAGGGCCCUGGUCAGAAUUACACGUGAGUGGCGACAUAUUCCCCGAGAAGACCUGGAACCUCUAAGCGAAUACGAAUACAACUCGACGAGCGCCUCGUCGUCAGGCGCGUGCGCGGUUUUUUUUUCUUUUCAUUCUCUGGAACUGUUGUUUUGUUACUCUGACGAGCGUGCGGCACCAGCUAGCAUUCCCAAU